CUCUCUCUCUCCGCUCCGCCGUCUCCUCCUGAGUCCCGCAGCCGAAUCCAGAGCUCCAUCGCCGGGGGACCGAUCGGGCAGCGUACCGAGCUCCCGCUGCAGUCAUGGCGGCGCCGUUAGCCCACUUCGACGAGGACUGGCAGGACUUCAACGAAUUCAAGGCGUCCUCGGCCGAGUCCGCCGACCACCUGGACCUGCUCAACUCCAAUGUGGGCGACCCGUCGUCGGGCCUGGACGAUUUCUCCGACCUGGACCGCAGCUUCUCCGGGGAGAUCUGCAGCUUCAAGUCCAUGGAGGACCUCGUCCACGACUUCGACGAGAAGCUGACAGUGUGUUUCCGGAACUACAACACGGCGACGGAGAACAUCGCGCCCAUCAAACCCAUCUCGGAGGACAGCUACCUGAAAGACGACGAGGUGUGGAACGCUCUGACAGAUAACUAUGGCAACGUGAUGCCUGUAGACUGGAAGACAUCGCACACUCGCUCCCUACACCUGCCCAUCCUCAACCUCACAGACCAUGAGAAGUUGGACAACCAGUCUCUUGAUCUGUCUGACGACGAGGAGCUGAGGGAGCAGAUGGAUAUGCACUCAAUCAUCGUCUCCUGCAUCAACGACGAGCCGCUCUUCACAGCUGAACAGGUGAUAGAGGAGAUAGAAGAGAUGAUGCAGGAGUCUCCAGACCCAGAGGACGAUGAGAGUCCCUCCCAGUCCGACCUGUCCAUGCUCUCUCAGGACCUCCACGCCCUGAAACGCUCCAGCUCCAACACCAGCUACGAGGACCGGCUGCGUCAGCUGUCUGUUUCUGAACUGACUGAGACUCUGGAGGAAGUGGAAACAGCCAUUCGCCGCUACAGCGAGGAGCUGAUCCAGGCUCUGGCCCUGAGAGAUGAACUGGAAUAUGAAAAGGAGGUGAAGAACAGCUUCAUCUCGCUGCUGAUCGACGUGCAGAACAGACAGAAGGAGCACCGCGACCUGCUGCGCAAGAAGAAGAAAAUCCGAAGUACGACUACGACCUCGCCCAACGGCCAGAGGACAACCAGCACGCACAUACAUGGCACGCUCCUCACUUUGGAGGGACUCUCCAAUGUCAUUCAAAAUGGUCUCCGUCAAACUUUUGGCAACACAGGAGGGGACAAACAGUACCUGACCACAGUAAUCCCUUAUGAGAAGAAAGCUGGUUCCCCGUCAGUAGAAGACCUCCAGAUCCUCCAGAAGAUCCUCCAUGCCAUGAGGGACGACAGCGAGAAGGUACCUGCUCUGCUCACAGACUACAUUCUCAAAGCUCUGGUAUGAGAGCAGUGGAAACUGAGUUCUUUGUCCCACGUAAAAGCCAAAGGCAAAGCCUCAUGUUUCCAGGACCUUCCACUGGACCAUCAGAAGAGGAUUGAUCUGGUAAUCUGGAAGAAUCCAGACGAUGGAUUCAAAUCCAAACCUUCCUCCCAAUUUUUCACAACAUAGACUUUUCUUCCUUGUGGUAUUUUUUUUUUUCACUCUGCCACAUCGUUGAUCCUUAAAUUUUAACUCUAGAUAUAACUCCCUGCUUUGUAGAGUUAUUUUUAAUCCUUUAAUUUUUUCUACGACCUUCUAUUUCCUGACUGCACGAUGACUUGUCUAAUGAUGCCAGUAAUCAGUAUUAGUUUGAACACCUCACUUCCUGAUUGGCCAGUGGCUCUUGAAUGAUGAAGGGUCAGGGAAACAUGUCAGUGUUUUGAAUUUUUUGCCUUUUUUGAUUCUGUGUGAGGGAAGUGUUCCAUUUGUUUUGUAUAUUUAAUUAAUUUGAAUCUGUCUGGUUCAGUCCUUGCACAGAAAACAAAUACUGGUUGAAUCUCCGGAUGUUAAAGAGCCAGGCGAGUCUUGGUAUUAAUUAUAAAUCCUGUUUUUCCUGCUUGGAAAACCUAAAGUAAGCCCUUUAAUAUCAAAAAUCAAAAAUCGUAGCCCCACCUGUGUUUGCAUGUCAGUUUGAAGAUAAUACUCAAUAUAGGCUGUUAUUUUGAAUGUUAAAAUGAAAUAUUUUGUAUACUAUCAUUGCACAGUUUUGGGAAUGUUUCACUUUUUAAAAAAAGGGAACAAAGUAAUUAGACUUAAGAAAGUGAUUGCUGGAUGAACAAACAUGUAAAGAAUAUUUUUGGAUAAGGAGGUUUUUUAAAUGAGAUUAGGGACUUGCCAGUCGCCACUUUUGUGACCACGUCACAACAUCAUUAUGUAAAUGCUGCCCGUUGACCUCUGAACCCUCGAGUAGUGAUCCCAUCCCAGAUAUCUUCAUCACCUCCCGGGAGUCAUCAUCGCACGAGUCUGCAGAUACCUCAUGUUUUGCAUUUUUUUUUUUGCAUCUGGUUGUAUCGUUGGAUAAAUAAUGUAGUUAAGGUUUUUUCAGAUAUGAUAAUUGUGUAGCUUCUAUUAUAAGUUAGCUUUCUCUCUAUCUGUUAGCCCUUAAACUGUUCUGUAAACUUUAGGGAUAUUGUAGUAGCACUUAAGUCACUGUAAGUGGUCUGGUCGUGUAGUAGUGGACUAUGUGAUGGGUGUUCUUUAGAGUGUGUCUCACUAGAUAAGCGUUAGACGAAGCUUAGGAACUUAGGCGAGUGGCGCAGAAAACAUGUUCCACUGCAUUUGUAUCAUCUUGUAUCCCGUUCCAUCUACUUAUCAGUCAGCAUGUGAAUUAGAAUUGAAAGAGCCAUAAAGGGACUCUCCACUAGUUUUCACACUUCUCAAACAAAAAACUAAACAAGAGGAGCUUUGUCAAAGUUGAGACUUCAUCUUUAUUGCAUAAAAAUAUCUCUGCUUGGGCUUAAAACCACAAAAUGUAUAACUAACUAUUGACUGAUUAAAACUCAGGGCAUGGAGAUUGAAGAGUCUAACAAAAACAUGCCAUCAAGUUGCAUUGUGGUAAACGUAGUGUCAAUGUGAUGGACUAAAAAUCAGGGUAUCUCAUCCUCGGCCUCAUCAGUUUUGACCCCUUUGUUUUUAGUGCAUGUCUGGCCCAAAGACUCUAUAUAAAGAUGGCCGACGCAUCUCCACUUUCUCCCACUAUCUAGAAAUGAAGCCCAAAUACCCUGGAUACUGCCUGCAUGCGCCGAUGAUGUCGUCCAUCUUUAGAAAAGACCCAUGGUCUUGCCACACGUCUUGUCUUAGUUUUAUUACAGUGAAACAUUAAAUCACUGGAGCGCCCCCUUUAAAACCACGGAACACCAACACUAGCGCUGCACAUCAUGUCAUGCACUCAGUUGGUACAGUGACAUUCAAAUCACCAGCUACUACAGGUGAACCACACUCUGUCGGAUCAGGUCCAGUCGAGCUCUCAGGUACGAUCGUACACGUAAGAGGUUUACAAUCUUGUUUAGAACGCUACUGAGUCUGUGUUUCUGACAUUGUGACAGCUAAACGGCAACUUUGUGCUCUUUUGCCCACUACAUCUCAUUUUAAACAGCCGGAGCAGAUGGAGGCGAUCAUGGUAGCCUCUUGACUAAAUCAGGGUAGCAUUACACAUGUGGAAUACGUCACAUUUGUUUGAAACAGUUCUGAAAGCCCUUGACUAUAGUAGUAGUAGUUGUAGUAGUUGUAGUAGUACUGUAGGUGUAGCCAGCAGUUUAAUGACAUGUACGACGGCCUCUCAGUAGCAUCUGCUUGUUGUAGCAGUAACAGUUAGUGACGAUAACAAAGUUGUACCAUAAGAGGAAAAAAAGGGCAGACGAGGAAGAAAAAGGGGGCGAUAAAGAUAAACAUUGCGGAUGUUGGGGAAGAUUGCACAAAGGGUUGACUUUUAUUAUUUUGUAAAGGAUGACAAAAGUUCCUCGUGCUAUGUUUAACUAUUUAUAUGUACUGAUGCCAGCUUUGAAAACAUUCACAGCCUAGCAUGUGCUGCAUGCACUUUACUGCUGCAAACACAUUCUUAAUCAUUAAUAAUGUUAUUUCUGUUUACGGAUAUUUUGUGCACGUUGGAAGGUUUGAGGAUUUGAAAUAGGGAAAAGAAAAACUCGAGGGUGAUUCACGAGCCUUUUUAACAAAACAUCACUCAGCUGAUCAUAAUCUGGUCGAUAGAAAAUUUCAGAGAAAAUAGAUUCGACACCGACUUUGUAAAUGAACUUUAAAUUUUCUAAUGAAAUGGCCGUCAGCGUGGAGGUCACUGCCGGAUCUCGUCACUGCAGGAACUAAUCUCGGGCCGGAGCCGCUCUCCUGGCCUCCUCUUAGCAGACAUAUCAGUGUAUCUACAAUUUAGAGAUUUAUAUUUAUAUAUAUGUACGACAGAACAAGCAACAGAAAAAAAAAAAGGAGGCUGCCUUUGUAAAUGCCUGAAACCUUUUUGUACUUCAAAACUAGUUCCUGUUUUUGUUUUUAAUGCAAUAUAAUUCCCCCGUUUGGGGUUUUGUGUUUACUGUCUUGUGUGGUACUGCAGUAUAUUAAUUUAUUAUGUAAAUGUUCAUUUUGUAACCUUACUGGUGACUGUAAUGGUGCAAGUGUUUGUGCCCACAUUGCAUUGCAACUCAUUUCAAAUAAAUUGAUAUGUGAAGACUUGAA